UAUUUUGGUUGAUUUUUCGACUGUUCCAAACAUUUCCUUUUUUCCCAAUCUCCAGUGAUUAUUCGUCCGUCAAACGCUUGAAUCUGGUAGAUUAAGGUACUACUUAAUCCCAGUUAUCCGUAGCUGUCCUCGGAUUCAUCGUUGUCCGCGGGAGUGUUGAUCGGGGGACGUCGGAUGGCGGAGGACUAUCUGUCGCGCGAUAACCAGAUGCGCUCGGAUGCGUUGUCGUCGCGUGUCUCGCUGCUGAAAUCGUUGGCCAUCGAUAUCGAAGGGGAGACCAAGGAUCAGAAUGUGUUUCUCGAUGAAACGGAGAAGGAGAUGGUAGCCGCCGGCAACUACCUGCAGCGCGGCCGGAAGCGCGUCGGGCAGAUCCUGGCGGCGGGGAAGCGGGACCGCAGGACGCUGCUGUACGUGGCGGUGGGCGUGGCGCUCUUCCUCUACACCACCUACGCCCUGCUGCGCCGUGUCGCGGCCCACGCCGGCGCCCCCACCGACCCCGUGACGACGCCGCCGCUCUUCUCCACCGGCCGACACUGACCUCCGGACCGGUUGCUUUUUCUACACUGAAUUUCAUGAGCAUUACCGAAUAAAGCGAUGUGUACUACUUUGUAUAAUUUAUAUAAUAAGCAUUUGUAUUUUAUUUUUUUCACUCAUAUUGUGUAUUAACUUCGGGUAAUUUGUCGCUGUACUGUGUUUAUAUUUUUAAACCUAAAUUCUAACAAUUAUUUUUUGACCGCGGAAUAUGGUACUUUCCUGUCGAUUAAGAGAUCUGCUGUUUGUGUUAAACUCCUGGUGAACUGCCGAUGUUCUGUACACGAAGAUUACUGUGAAUUUUAAUCCGAAAAAAAAAUAAGGAACGAGGCUGGAA